AUGGUGCCCAUAUGGCCGACGACCACGACGGUGGAGGAGCGUCGUCGACCUUGGGGGAACGGCCCUUGUAUUGCUUGUGGUGGUGUCGCGCUUCGUGGUGGCGAGGUGGGGAAGAGGAUGGUGGUGGUGGACUCGGGAAGAGGAGGUGCGCGAGGAAGAAGAUGGUGGUGCAAAGGUGGGGAACAGGAUGGUGGUGGUGUCGGGAGGAGUGCCGGUGAGUUCAACCGCCAACGUGGUGGCAGUGGUCACGGGAGGGGUGUGGUGAAGGGGAGGGUGGUGGGCUUCGUGGUGGAGAGAGGUGUGUUCAUCUUCUUGAAAGUUGAAAGUAUUAUUAUCCAACUGCAACUCGAUCUCUUUCUUUCCAGUUCCACACUUCCAGUGCAUGUUUCUGUUAAGUUAACUCUUCCUAGCUACCUUGUGAAUUCAAUCUCAAUCCGCUCUCUCUUAAUUAUUCAAUCUCAGGCGCCGGAUUCAGGACUAGGAGGGCCGAAAAUGACAUCAUACAGAAUUGAGACUGAGAGUCUUUGUUACAAAGUCGAUAGCUGGUGGAGUUAUAAGUUUGGGUGGUUUUGGUAUGGUAAAACUAGUAAAGAUAAAUGGUCGAGGCUUAUUUUGAAGGAUGUAAAAUUUGAAGCGAAAGCAGGGGAAAUCACUGCAAUAGCAGGGCCUAGUGGUGCAGGGAAAACAACCCUGCUGGAAAUCCUUGCAGCAAAAAUAUCACCAACCAAGAUAUGUUCAGGAAAAGUACUGAUCAACAGCUUUCCUAUUGAUCCAAAAUCAUUUAGGAGGUUAUCAGGUCACGUUACACAAGAAGAUGCAUUGUUUCCCCUUCUUAGUGUUGAAGAAACACUCAUCUAUAGCGCUCUACUGAGGUUACCAGGAGAAAGAAAAGGAGUUGUUUUGAGGGUCAGACAGUUGAUGAAAGACCUAGGGCUGGAUCAUGUGGCUAAAUCAAGGGUUUCUGGGAUUUCCGGUGGGGAGAAGCGCAGGUUAUCUAUUGGAGUUGAGCUAGUACAUGAUCCUUGUGUUUUGCUUAUAGAUGAACCAACUUCAGGUUUGGAUUCAUUUUCAGCACUUAAUAUCAUGUCAAUGCUUAAAACUUUGGCAGUCAGACAAGGUAAGACAAUAGUAAUAACAAUUCAUCAACCUGGUUCCCGAAUCUUAGACUUGCUUGAUCGACUUGUUCUGCUCUCAUCAGAUGGGAUUGUCGUCCACAAUGGUCCUCUUAGCCUUCUCGAGAGGAAGCUUCAACUUGUGGGCCACCACAUCCCUCCACAUGUCAAUGUACUUGAGUUCUCUAUUGAUGUUGUCAGCACCUUGCCUGUGCCUGUGCCUUUGCCGAUCCAAAUCCAAAUCCAAUCCAGACCUACAGAAACUCAUCUGAAUAAUCCUAUGGCUAUGUCCUGUUACCCAAAUUCUGGAUAUCGACAAGUUCAAAUCCUCGGGGAAAGAUUUUGCAAGAAUAUAUUCAGAACGAAGCAACUUUUUGCAGGAAAGAUAAUACAAGCCAUUGCAGCUAGUUUUAUACUUGGAACAAUUUACUUGAAAAAGGAACAAGAUGAUGGAGGAAAACUAGAGUUACAAACUCGUCUAGGGCUGUUUGCGUUUACCCUCACUUUCUUGCUUUCUUCAACAACCGAAGGCUUGCCAAUAUUCUUGCAAGAGAGGAGAAUUCUAAUGAGAGAAACAUCAAGAGGGGCAUACAGAGUUUGCUCCUACGUUUUAGCUAAUACCCUCGUAUUUCUUCCCUUUCUGCUUCUAGUUAGUCUACUGUAUGCAACACCAGUGUAUUGGCUAGCUGGUCUACGAAGAGAUAUGGCUUCUUUUUUCUACUUCUCUCUAGUGGUGUGGAUGGUGGUGCUAAUGUCAAACUCAUUCGUUGCUUGUUUCAGCGCUCUCGUUCCAAACUUCAUCAUGGGAACAUCAGUUAUUGCAGGAUUGAUGGGUUCAUUUUUUCUAUUCUCAGGAUAUUUCAUAGAGAAACAAAGGAUACCUAAGUAUUGGAAAUUUAUGCACUAUCUGAGCUUGUUUAAGUAUCCAUUCGAGUGUUUCAUCAUCAAUGAAUAUGGAGGUGAACAAGGGAAGACACGAUGCCUACACAACGAUUUGACUGGAUGUAGUUUGUACGGAGAUGGGUUCUUAAGGCAGCAAGGUCUGCAUGAAUCACAGAGGUGGACUUAUCUGGCUGUAAUGCUGGGUUUCAUAUUUGUCUACAGAAUACUGUCUUUUCUUAUUCUAUGGUACAGAUGCUACAGGAGUAGAUAUUAAGAUUAUUAAGCGAUACAUUAAUAGAAAAUUUAAAGAAUUAAACUUUAUUAAUUAUUGUUUUAAUUUCUUUCCCUUUUCUGCAUUCUUGCUCACUUUUCUUCUUCUUUUUCUAACAAUGACCAAUAAAAUACCUAACAAUUUAUUUC